AUGAAUCCUCAAUCACCAUCCAAUGCUUCACCCCCGCAAACCAUCACUAACGCCGGGCACAUCAUCACCUCUGAUACUCGUCACAAGCCUACUCCCCGAACCCGCUCCUCGCUGGCCUGCCACAAUUGUCGCCUGCGCAAGAUCAAAUGUGAUGUCGAGAGCCGGCCCUCCGGUUCCAGCUGCACAGCUUGUGCACAAUCAAAGAGCCAGUGCAAGGUCAACAUAUUCUCAGAUCGCAGAAAACACGGCUCUCGUCAACAUAUUGCCACUCUCCAUCACCGGAUCGCGGAGUUGGAAGCCCUGGUUCGCAGGAAUGGGCCUCCUUCAUCAUCAUCCUCUCACCCCGGCGGUUCGCUCUCCCAUCUGCCGCCUCGAAAUGGACCUGCUUUGGUCGCAGAAUCGCUGUCAGCUUCGCUCAAUCACACGAUCCCGCCCAUGGAUCGGUCAAUAAUGACGUCCCACCAAGAUAAGGAUCUUGACAGAGCACUGCAGAACCGGCAGGACUAUCUCCGUGCUGAUACAGUACAAUUGGAUACCGUCUGUGGCGACGAACUGCCGGUCAUGCGCGACUUUGCCAUCGAGUCGCCCAGGGCACCCACCUCGGUGGCAGGUUCCGUCGUACCAAACAGCUUUGCGCAAGACACGACGGGAGGAGUCAGCGAAAUGGCCGCGAUCGCCGGACACGACCAACACCAGCAGACUUACCAAUCUGGCCCUAGCCGGGGAAAGGAGGCCUACUUCGGUCCGGCUUGCCCUCUGCACGUCUCCUCACCAUCUGACAUCCGCGGACAGGACGAGUCGAGGCCCAUACCGCGAGUCCACGUGGACAUGGACUCGGUCAGGCUCAAGUCGGUCCUUAUCGACGGCUAUUGCCGCUUCCAGAAAUGUACAGUCGACCUGGUGCAUCGAGAAAGCUUUCUGUCACAUCGCAAAGACGGCGUGAGGUCUCAGUACUACUCGAGAUUCUAUGAAAACUCAGCCCUGGCCUGUAGUGCCCGCCUCAGCACGUCCGCGGCUGUGCGGGCGUUGAGCAGCGCCUAUGCCCAGCGUGCAAAGGCAGACCUAGUAACAGAGCUCCAGGAUCCCAAUCUUGCCACGGUCCACGGUCUGCUCCUCCUCAGCGACUAUGAAAUGAGCGAGGGUCAUGAUCGAGUAGGAUGGAUUUACUGUGGAAUUGCUUGUCGCAUCCUCGUCGAUCUGGGUCUACACAAGGAACCAAUCGAUACGACUAGAGAUGCAGAUUUGGAUCCGAACCACGCCCAUAUCUGCGCCUCGGCCACGGCCGGCUGCCUCGUCUACGAGACUUUGUGGUGCUUCUAUCUAGGUCGUCAGAGCACGCUUUCCGUGUCCGGAAGGCCACUCCUCGCCUUAUCUGCAGCGAGUGCGUCGGAAAAUGUGACCCUUCGGCCCUGGCUCGACCUCUGUGUCUUUCUGGCGGAGAUUACAGCACUCAUUAACGACCAGACGAGCAUCGACAAUAAGACCAUUGACAGGCUCUCCGAGCUGGAGCAAGGACUCCGCCGCUGGCACAAGAAUCUGCCCGCCUCAAUUGCUCUGGACACGAAAAACAUCAGCGCCCUGGACUCAGCCGCCUACGGUCUGCACAUGCAGUAUCUACGAGUCCAGAUCCUGUUACAUUCGCUGCCCAGCGUCGUCUCGAGGAAGCGGAAGCACGGUGACAAUUGCUUUGCAUCGCCCUACCCUGUGCUCCGCGGAUGGUCACCCGAGGCGUCGCAAGAAGUCCUCCACCACAAUGCCAUCACCAUCAUCCAGCUCGCGGUGACGUAUCGUGAGACCUUUGGGUUGGAAACGACGCCAUCCAUUGUGCUGGACAAUUUGUUUGUGGCUGCCACUGCGCUGAUCGCGUACCUCCGCAAAAUGCAACAGCAGCAACAAUACAUCGACGAGACAGACGCCCACUGGCUGACGCUGGCCGAUGAGAUGCUCGAAGCCCUCCAUAUCCAUUUCCACAUCACCGCACGUAUGCGAAGGACGUUAGCGUGCCUGGUUGAAGAUCACCCGCGUAUUUCGCACCUCUUCUCCACGCCCAGGCGUUCUUCUGCUGCGGACGCUUAUGUGGUCGACGACGCCAAAGACCCCGACCAAGGCGCCUGGGGUUCAUAUGAAGCGGUGAUGAAUGACUUUAUCUUCGACCCGGACUUGUUGAAUAUGAAUGAAUUCACCGACAUCGGAGGAGACUUCGCUUCGUCAUAG